AGUUAACAGACAGACUACAGGUCUGAAGGAGGGAUAGGAUCUCAAAAUGCCCAGAAGAAGCCACUAUGAAGAUGGAAACUUCUUUAGAGGAAAAGGACGCACCUAUUUCACAGCAGAAGAAGCCCUGGGGAUUGGGAUCUUCAUUUUGGUGCUGGUCUUGCUGCUUAUCUUUGGCUGCUGGUUUUACAAAAGGCGUAGCGGCUAUAAAAGGCUACGGAGCAAAGGCAUCGGUAUGGACACCAUACGAACAGUGGUAGGUGAGGGAGCAAGAGCAGCCUGCAAAACGGCUCUGCAAGAGUACAGGAACUUUAAUUCUGUGGUACCCAAUGCUCCACCAGCCUAUGACAAAAUUGCAGCGGAGCAGUCACCACCACCUUAUUCACCGUGACAGCAAGAAGUCUUAAACUCUGAGCACAUCCAUUCAAUUUCUUCAUGCUCCCUCUUAAUUUUCUAUACAUCCUUAACUUUCUGAAAGCUAAAACUGCAAUAAAAAUUCACAUGCUUUCAUAAGCAACUGCUGAAAAUUACUCUUGCUUAAUUUGAAGAAGUAGUUCAUGAAAUGCUUCAAUAAAGCUGACUGUGCAUCUGU